AGCGGCCAGCGGUGGAUCCUGCCGCGCCCUUUCCGCCCCUUAUAGUCAGUCAGCGCUGGCCCGGCGUGCAGGUAACGACAGGAGAGCCCAAACAAUUCCCGGAAGCAGGCAGACAGGUUGGCCCGAGGAAGUUUCCGAGUUUCGGGCAACAAUUCAACAUCGAACCUCGCUUGAAUUGGAACCCUAUUUUAUUUUGUGUCGUAUUUGCCGUCACAUUUUUUUUGUGGGUCGUCGCAGCUUCUUCUUUGCGGGAGGUGACCCUGCAGGUACUUUCAGGUACUUUGUUUGCUAGCUCGACGUCUUCUGUGGAUUUACUCGAAGAUUGAGAAUAAAGGAGCCAACAAAGACGAGCAUCGUCAUCCGUGCAGCUGACGCCAUGCAGCCCUCCAGGUCAUCAGAGAGAGGGCCAGUUUGAAAGGCGACCUCGUGUCAUCGCUCUGACCCCAAUGUCAAUUUGAAAGGCCCCGACAUCUCACCUCUCUCCUCGGCCAACCUCCUCGCUGCCAUGGAUAUUCUAACAGACGACACCGAGGGAUGCUACUUGAACCGCAGCGUCAAAUUUUUCUACGAAAAAAGCGGCAAGAACAUAAGCGACCACUGGCGCCGGCGUGACUAUGUGAUCGUCUCGCUGGGCAUGACUGUUUGUUUCAUUGUCAUCUUGUCCAACCUGAUGGUCAUUGGGGCCAUUUUAAAAAACAGACGCUUCCAUUUCCCCAUCUAUUAUUUAUUGGGGAACCUGGCUUUCGCGGACCUCUUCUCAGGUGUCUCCUACCUCCAUUUGAUGUUUCACACAGGUCCAUGGACUAUCAAGUUGUCCAAGUACCAGUGGUUCGUGCGUCAAGGCCUGAUCGACACCAGCCUGACGGCAUCUGUCCUCAACCUCCUGGCCGUGGCGGUGGAGCGUCACCAGACCAUCUUCAACAUGCAGCUUCACAGCAAGAUGAGCACCCGGCGGGUCUUUGUGAUCAUGAUCUUCAUCUGGCUGGUGGCCAUUGUCAUGGGCCUGGUGCCCACCAUGGGAUGGCACUGCCUGUGCGAUCUGGACAAGUGUUCCACCAUGGCGCCGCUCUACAGCCGCAGCUACUUGGUGUUCUGGGCGCUCCUCAACCUGCUCACCUUCUCCAUCAUGGUAGCUGUCUACACUCGCAUCUUCUUGUACGUGAGGCACAAGAGCAAGCAGAUGUCGCAGCACACCACCCAGAUGAGACAUCGCGAGACGGUGCUCAACCUGAUGAAGACUGUCUCCAUGAUCUUAGGCUGCUUUGUGAUCUGCUGGACUCCAGGCCUGGUGGUGCUGCUGCUGGACGGCCUGGGCUGUGACGAGUGCAAAGUGCUACGCUACGAGAAGUACUGCCUGGUGCUGGCUGAGUGCAACUCGCUGGUCAACCCCAUCAUCUACUCCUUCAGGGACAAAGACAUGCGGAGGACCUUCAAGGAGAUCCUCUGCUGCCUGUGCGGGCGCAGCGGCGACAAGUCCAGCUCGUAUGGCGUGAACUUUAACACCCUGGACCACGAGAACUCCAAGUCUCGCGACAUGACGCUGAUGGAGAAGUGUAACGGAGCGCCGCUCAUCGGCAAACACUCGGACAUGACGCCGCCUUCGAAGCGUUGGAGUUGAAACACAAACACGCACACUCGCCCUAUCGAAGGAAGAUGUCGUCAUAACUUGUGCGUGGCUGGGGCCUCGUUUCCUCUUUUAUGGCCUGCAACCAAGUGUGUGCAAGCUGCUUUUUUUUUUUUUUUUUCCCCUUUGUUUUUGUCACGCUUGUGAGCUCCUCAGAAAGUUUUUGUCAGCUUCUGAGUGGAGGACAGCAACACAAUUUGAGCAAUUUUUUUUUUAAUGCAGUCUACCAUCUCAAAAUGUAUAUUUGCAAUGAAAAAUGAAAGUGGUACCUCAAAAUUCAA